GGCCGUGCGGCGGCAGCCAUGUCGUGCUGUCGGAGCGGGGCGAGGUCUGAGCUCUGCCGUGUUGUGCUCAGUUCUGUCCAGGUAUGAAAACCAGAUCACUAUUCUGUCGGAAUACUUAGAAGAAUUUCCCGACACCGAUGAGCCGGUGUGGAUUCUGGGAAGGCGGCACCACCUGAAUGAAGACAAAUCUAAGUUAUUGUUGGAUGUCAGUGCUCGUCUCUGGUUUACGUAUAGAAGAAAGUUUUCUCCUAUUGGAGGCACUGGUCCUUCGUCUGACGCUGGCUGGGGAUGUAUGCUGAGGUGUGGGCAGAUGAUGCUGGCACAGGCACUGAUCUGCAGGCAUUUAGGAAGAGAUUGGCAAUGGGAAAAACACAAAGAACAACCAGAAGAAUAUCACAGAAUCCUCCGAUGCUUUCUAGACAGGAAGGAUUGCUGUUAUUCCAUCCACCAGAUGGCACAGAUGGGUGUUGGAGAGGGGAAAUCGAUUGGAGAGUGGUUUGGACCAAAUACAGUUGCUCAAGUAUUAAAGAAGCUUGCUUUAUUUGAUGAAUGGAAUUCAUUGGCUGUUUAUGUAUCUAUGGACAACACAGUGGUCAUUGAAGACAUCAAGAAGAUGUGCUGGUCCCCUCCCCAGAGCAGCAGCACAGCCCAUAGCAGUGCACAUUUGCACAGAAGUGCUCUUGGCCGGAACAGGAACACAGCAGGACUCUGCACAGGCUGGAAGCCCCUCUUGCUUAUUAUACCUCUACGACUAGGGAUAAAUCACAUAAAUCCAGUAUAUAUUGAUGCAUUUAAAGAAUGCUUUAAGAUGCCACAGUCUUUGGGAGCAUUAGGAGGGAAACCAAAUAAUGCCUAUUAUUUCAUAGGAUUUUUAGGCAAUGAGCUGAUCUAUUUGGACCCUCACACCACCCAAAGCUUUGUAGAUUCAGAAGAGAACGGCACAGUUGAUGACCAGAGCUUCCACUGCCAGCAAGCCCCCCACAGAAUGAAGAUCAUGAAUUUGGACCCUUCAGUAGCUUUAGGCUUCUUUUGCAAAGAAGAAUGUGAUUUUGAUAACUGGUGCAGUCUCGUACAAAAGGAGAUUCUAAAGCAACAGAGCCUACAGAUGUUUGAGCUGGUCCAGAAGCACCCGCCCCACUGGCCUCCGUUCAUACCUCCAACAAAGCCAGAAGUGACAACUACAGGAGCAGAACUCAUUGAAUCUACUGACAAGCUGUUUGAAUUGGAAGAAGAAUUUGAAAUCCUGAGUGUAUGAAGGAAACUGCUGUGACUCUUCUGAGUGCUGAACACAUUGCUAAUAUCAUUGCAUUGACUUACAGCCAUGUUAGCCCCAAAGUGCCUGAAAUUAUGGAAAAAACAGAGCACAGAAUCCGAGUAGCAUCCAAAACUCCAACGACAGCUUAACAAGAGCUUCCCCGGAUGGAAAGGCAAUAAAAGCUCUUGUUGUAAGAUGCUUAAUGGGAAUCUCUUUUCAGUAUCUUACCUGAAGACAAAUGGGCCUUUGAGAUUAAGGCAGAAAUGAGCGUAUUGCUGGGCUCUAUGUUUGGAGAAAGGGAUAACCCAAAUGGAUAUUUCUUGCUCUCAUAAUAAUGCAAUAGUUUAGUUCUUAAAGCAAAACAGUCUUCAAUUAAGGAGGAUGUUUACUUCUGUUCCCUCCUGUGGGCUGCAUCAUAGAAAAAAAUACGUUGUCUUGUUUAAAAGAUCGACUGGAUCAUGAGAAAAUUGUUUCCUUGUUAAAUAUUUUAACAUGUAUCUGAGCAACCACACUUUAUUACAAAAAUGUUUCUGUAAAAGGAACUGUGUCUAAUGUAUACAUUUUGCAAUAGCCUUCCUGCUUCUGGGAGACCUCGAGAGGAACGGGAGACUCAAAUAGUUGAUACAGAUCACAACCACUGUUAUAGUUAUGGUAUAUUUCACCUUGACCUUAACAUCAAAAUCAUUGAAACUUAGGUUAUUUCUUUCAGAGCUAAAAAGAGUCAAAGGUGGUUUAACUGUACCUUAUUUAUUUUAAAGUAGAUUUACACAAACUUCUGUUACAGCACUUUAUCUGUGCAUCUAAUAAAUUUCUUAAGCUUUUCA